AUGAGGUUCGUAUUUAUCUUAUGGACAUUUAUUGUCCUUGUAUCUGGAGAUAUAGUAACUCGUCACACGAACAUCAAGUGCGAAAUUAAUGAUAAGUCCCUUGCCGAAGUAAAAGUGUGUCGGUUAAAAGUUUUGGGCCGCGGUAAAAUCGGAGCUAAUAUACACUUGAAAAUUCUACGCCUGCCAAUAAAGACGGUAAAAAUUGAAUAUAGCGUUUGGAAAAAACUGUCCGGCUACCAUCCAUUCCUGUUUAAUAUCACUACUGACCUUUGUCACUACAUGAAGCACCCGAAUCCUUCAAAUGUGUUCUUUUACUUUUACCGGGCUCUAACGCCCUUCAUAAAUGUGAAUCACACUUGUCCGAUCAACGUGAGUAUGGUUCGGAAUUCCCACGACGUCAUCCUGAAGGACUUCGUUCUAGACGAUAAGAUGUUCUCGAUAUUUACCGGGCUUAAGGGAAGCUUCAUGUUUCUGAUUAAAUUAAUUGCUAAUGGUGGGUUGGGAGCAACUAUUAAUUCUUAUUUGGACAUUAACGUCGAAAAUCCACAUUAA